GCGCCACGCUCCCAGCGCUGCAUCGCAUAUCCCAACAUCCCGAACCCGCCGUCGAGUUCGCUCAGCCAGCACGCAUUUCGGAGGAGCCGGAGCAGACAUGGCUGCGAAAAACAAAAACAAAAACACCAACACCAACUCGAACGACAAACCCCCCUCAAACCAGCAAGAUGACGUGGCAAAGAAGAGCCACAAAGUGAGUAAAGCGGACAGUACGCCGGUUCCGAGCUGUGGCUCUGGGUCAGGAAAACUGGGCAAGUUUAUAUCUGGACUGUGCUACUUGGCUUUAGCCGCUGGAGCGGGUUUCGCGUCGUUUUAUGUCCAGCAAGUGCUAACAGAGGUCAAUCAGAUCAGCCUGCGAAAUGAAGAGUCGAUGCAGAAGAGCGCACAAAUGGUCCAGAAAGUUGAACAUGCACUUCAAAAGGUGAACUCUAUGAAGUCUUCUCUAGAUGGUGUGGAAGCCGCCGUGGGCCGUGCUCAGGCUGAGCUGGAGGUCACUAACCACGCUGUAAGGAAGGGAGAGACUGAGACCAGGCGGGUUGAAGAUGUCCUCCAGAAGCUCCAGAACGAAAUCCUCCGUGACCUCUCAAACGGUAUCCGGGAGGUGAAGGAGGCACGUGAGAAUGAUUUCUCCUCCCUGGAGCGCACCUUGGAGGAUCGUUUGGCUGAGCUGAGCCGCUCCAUUGCGGACAGUGUGUCAGAGUUUGCAGGGGCUCAGGGUGAAGCCCAAGCCCAGCUCACUGAACUCAAAGUCAGGCUGGAGGAACACAAUGACCCUGGGCUCCUCAAACAUGAGCUCACCUCCAUCACCACCACUGUAGCUGAUCUCCACACCGCCAAUGAGGUUGCUGAGGGCAACAUGGGUGUUCUCAGGGAGCAGAUUGCAUCAGUGGAGGCAGAGCUACAGACCAGGAACAAGGAAGUGGCAUCCUUGUCUGAGGAGAUAGAAGCAGUGAGGUCCCUAGUGCAAAGCACUGCUGGAUUGUUGAGGCAGGAAGUGUCUACAGCACAGGUCAGCGUGCAGGCCAUGGCUGACCGGCUCCAGAGCCUGCAGGAUGGGCAGGACCGGGCCAGCGAGGGCCUCCAGAGUCUGGAGAAGGAGCUGAGAGAAGAACUAGCUAAGGCUGAGAAGAGGGGAGAUGAUCUGGAGGUCAGAGUGAAAGCUGCUGAAGAGAGCACAGAAGCAUUGGCAUCUUCUGCCACAGAGCAGGCAAGCAGACUUGAGGCACUUCUUGCCAAGUAUGACUCUCAUGAGAGUUUGCUAGCUGCCCAGAGCAAGGUGGCUGAGAAGGCCAGCCAGGGGCUGAAGGCAGAGCUGGAGGUGUUGAAGAGCAGCCUGAUGGAUCUCCAGAACAGCAUAGCCUCUUUUGACAGCACCAAUACCAGGCUAGAAGCAGUUGAGCAGAGGCUGGAUGCUCUCAGAGAUGGAGUGGCUUCAGAAGAGCCAGUGUUAGAAACUGAGGAAUCAGAAAGCCAUAUGCAGGAGGAGCCAGAGAACGCUGCAGAGAAUGAAGAAUCAGAAAAUGCAGAGGCAGAUGAUGAAGUGGCAGCAACAGAGGAGAUCACUGAAGAACAGCCAGUUGAGGAGAAUGAAGCAACAGAGGACGAAGGUGAGGAGGAACCAGCUAAUGAAGAGGCAGGAAAAGAGGAGGCAGUUGAGGAGGAGGGGGAGUGAGUAAAGGAUCUUGAGUGUCACUCAAUGUAGAAAGAACAGGGAUAAGCUGUAGGGAAAAGGAGAGUGGACUGUGAAUCUGAAAAAUACUCUUUCUGCACUGUAGUUUCUUCCCCUUGAACUUUUUUUUUUAUGUUGUUGAUAAGAGUUGUCUUCCAAAUUCAGCUGCAAUAUUUUGAAUGUCAUCGUUGCUCCAUUUUUCCAAUAAAAUAUUUAAGAUAUUAAA